AUGAAGGUGGUAAUGAAUCCGUCUUCGAAGCUUACCGUGAGCUGGUGGACCGCAAGCACUUCGCCCCAGGGGGGAAGUAUCACUCUAUUCAUGCGAUACGAAGGCCAGGAGCCUGACGACCAGCGUCAUGCCAUGGGCACGGGAUGGCUUGUUCGCGAUGACACCCUCGUGACCGCUGGUCACUGUGCCUUUGACUGGAGCCAGAACGAUGGAAAAGGGUUCGGUCGGGCGAUCGAGGUUAAAGCGUACAUUGGCUACAACGGCAAAAUGUCUAUCAAUGACCCCAACGUCCUGUUCCGGCACGGCGUCCAGAUCGUGACUACCGAAGGAUGGCUUCAAUCUGGGGUGAAUCGCCAUCAUGACGUCGCUUUUAUCCGGCUCGAUCGGCCAUUCACCAAUGUCACUACACUUUUCAAGCCGACUGAGACCCCCUUGAUAAGUAAGGAUAUCAUUGGCGUAGUGGGAUAUCCCGGUGACAUGCAGAUGGAUCGAGAGUUUGGCGCACAGAUAUAUGAAGAAUUCAAGACUGUCGAACGGGAUCGGCGCAAGGCAGCGAACCAGAUGCUGGAGUAUCGCAUCGAUACAUACAAAGGUCAAUCAGGGUCUCCAGUCCUUGUGCAGAACCGGCCUUUGACCUCCAUCGGCGCUCAUGUCUACAGGGGAGCUGGAAACAACUCGGCCAGCCCCAUUGGAGGGGAGUAUGGGAAUCCAUACCAUGAAUACAUUUCUGUUCUCCAGAGACAGUAUCCUGUGCAGACGACUAAAGCCGGCGUCAAUCGGCGCGCCAAUGGUCUCGGGCGCUCUGCAGACGGUCAGUCCAUUCUUGGGUUCAUCGGAGGACCGAUUGCCGCUCUAGCUGGUACUGCCAUCUCCGUGGCCGCCAAACGGAGUGCCGAGAGUGGGUUUACUGAUGCCCAUCCGGGUGAAUUCGCUCAGUCUCGCACGGCCGAAGAAGCCAUUCUGUCCGAGGCUGCGCGGCAGGCCUUCUUGCGGGCGGAUGCCGACCGUAUGAAACAACUCGGUAUCAGCACGCGGAUUAUGGAGCAGUACAAGAAGGCAGCUGCAGAUGUUGAUAUCGUGGCGCCUACGAUCUUACCGGCCAUUUUGCCGGCAGCGUUGCAUCUCUCGCAAGAUAUGUACACCCAAAAGGGUGCAGAGGCAGAUAGAGAACCAUUCCAACCAACAUCGUACGGUCGGCGGGAGCCAAUCCGCCUCCCAAGGGAUUUUCGAGAUGACUCGUUUACGCACUACUUGCUCAAGUCGGUGGAGCGCGAGACGGAGGAUGAGAUCUUCUGGGGCAUGUUGGGUUCAGUGCUGUCGGCUGCCUCCAAGGGGGCGAAUGCCGUUCAAACUGGACUAUCUGUCAUUAGCAAGAUGGUGCCGACGACUGAGGCUGCCUUUGAAGAACAGCCAAUGGACCCGUACCUGAAGGUCUUGGGACGUCGUGCCCUGCUCGCCGGGGCGACUCUGCAAGUGCUCCGCAAUACGCCACCGGAGCAGCUCGAGACAGAGGACUUCUUCACCCGCAUCCAAAUUAUCGUGCAGAAGAUCGGGCCUGCGGUGAUGAAGUUUGCACCUGUGGUGGUCUCGGCGGUUCGUCCAGUUCUCACUCCUAUUAUUCAGCCUCCAGCAGGGACUACUCCUCUUGCUGGAUCUCCAUCCACUUUCGCAGGAUAUUUCGAUGGUGAUGAAAUUAUUCGCCAACGUCCCAUACUUGGGCUGCAAGUAGUAAUACUCUUGGAAGAGAAUCUAAAAAUGUUCUACGGCACUCAAGGGUAA